UCUCAAUGUAACUGAUGGCCAGUUUGUGGCAAUAGUAGGCAGUGUCGGGUCCGGUAAGAGUUCACUGAUGUCGGCCCUGUUUGGGGAUAUGGAUCUGAUAAGUGAUAGUAAGGGUAAAGUCAACAUACGGUCGGACAUUAAGGUAGCCUACGUUCCACAACAGGCCUGGAUAUUGAACUGUACGGUCAAAGAGAAUAUAUUGUUUGGUAAUGACAUGGAUCGGGAACUGUAUGACCGGGUGCUCGACACGUGUUCACUCAGACAGGACUUACGACAGCUAUCGGACGGCGACGAGACAGAGAUCGGCGAAAAAGGUGUUAAUCUGAGUGGCGGUCAAAAACAAAGAGUCAGUUUAGCCCGAGCUGUCUAUUCCGGUGCCGAUCUAUACCUACUCGACGAUCCACUUUCGGCCGUGGACAGUCAUGUUAGCAAACAUAUUGUCAGUAAAGUACUCGACUCAAGAACCGGUAUUCUCAACAAUAAAACCCGUUUAUUAGUAACAAAUCAAUUGUUUGUAUUACCCGAUGUCGACCUAAUUGUUGUCAUAAAAGACGGCAUAAUUACAAGUGUCGGUACUUAUGAUAAUCUAUUGGAAAAUGAUUGUUAUUUUUCCGAUUUGAUUCAACAAUAUUUAGCUGAAAAUAGUAGUACUAACAACAACAUUACAAAUCCAUUGACUGAUAUGGAAACGGUAGAAAUUGGCCAGCUAUAUAUGAAAUAUGCCAAACAGUUAGGACCGUACUGUUCAAUGGGCUUCCUAUCGACGAUAAUCGCAUACAAUGCCUUAACAUAUGGUUCAGCGUUUUGGUUAUCAAUAUUUAGCAACAAUAUUGACAGUAUCAGCACCAGUAGUAGUAGUAGUAGUAGUAGUAGCAGACAAUUAUCAUCGGACGGCUCAUCGGGCAGUACUAUAGCUACCGACUACUACUACUACUACUAUUUAGGCAUUUUUAGUGCCUUUAUUGCCGUCUCAAUAAUAGCUGCAAUCGCCAGUCGUUUGUUUCUCGUAUACGGUGUCCGUCGGGCCUCCGCUAGUCUACAUCGGCAACUGUUGUCGAGUGUAAUGCAUUCACCGAUGAAUUACUUCGAUAGGACACCAAUCGGCCGACUGAUGAACCGAUUUGGUAACGACACCGAUGUUUUGGAUCGAUCGCUACUGUUUACUAUCGAUUUAACUACAGACGCCUUUUUAUUAUUGAUUGGUAUAAUAGUAACGAUAUCUAUAAAGACACCAUUGUUUUUGGCACCACUGGCACUGGUAGCUGUUAUUUACUAUAUUAUCCAGUUUAUUUACAUUAAAACUUCACGACAACUAAAACGUUUAGAGUCGACCACCCGAUCGCCAAUAUAUUCACAUUUUGGUCAAACACUGGCCGGUGUGUCCAGCAUUAGGGCCUACAAGUGUAUCGAUCGGUUUGUACGGGAAUCCGAUAGACUAGUGGACAUCAAUCAGAUGUGUCUCUAUCCUAAUGUUGUGGCCAACAGUUGGCUACAGAUUUGGUUGACAUCACUCAGCAAUUGUUUGCUAUUUUUUGCCGCACUGUUUGCCGUACUGGGGAAGGGCAGUCUAACCGGCGGCGAUAUAGGACUAUCCCUAUCCUAUGCAAUGUCUUUGACCAUAACUUUAGACUUGUUUAUCAAAACGUUUGCACAGUUGGAAAACAAUAUGGUUUCAGUCGAACGUAUUGACGAAUACUGUCGAUUGGAAAGUGAAUCCGAUUGGCAUCGAUGUGAUGAUGACUACCCAUUGUCCGAUAACUGGCCCGAUAGGGGAGCCGUUAGAUUUGAAGGUUAUGGCACCAGAUAUAGGGUUGGAUUAGAUUUGGUACUCAAUGACAUUUAUGUUGAUAUUAAGCCGGGUGAAAAGAUAGGUAUAGUUGGCCGAACCGGUGCGGGAAAGUCGUCGCUAACUUUGACUCUGUUUAGGCUCAUUGAGCCAGCAAUGGGUCGAAUAGUCAUCGAUGGUAWAGAUAUCGGACGGUUAGRUCUACACGAGUUGCGCUCUCGGCUAACAAUUAUACCUCAAGAACCCAUACUGUUUUCGGGUACAAUUCGCUUCAAUUUGGAUCCGUUUGGCCAGUUUUCCGACGAUCACUUGUGGACAGUGUUAGAUCAGUCGCAUCUCAAAGAGUUUGUUUCCGCCAGUGAUCGGGGACUCGACUGGUCGGUCGCCGAAUCGGGUGAUAACCUGAGUGUUGGUCAACGACAACUUAUAUGUCUGGCACGGGCUCUGUUACGUAACACUCGUGUCCUUAUCCUCGAUGAGGCCACGGCUUCCGUCGACGUCGAAACCGAUGCACUCAUACAGCAAACCAUACGUCAAGAGUUUAGGUCGUCGACUGUCCUAACGAUUGCCCACCGAAUCAAUACAAUUAUGGAUUCCGAUCGGGUGUUAGUCCUCGACAGCGGACGGGUAGCCGAGUUUGCCGAACCCGACUGUUUGCUGGCAAACAAAUUGUCAAUUUUUUAUACACUGGCCAGAGAUGCCGGCAUUGUUUGA